CCGCAAGCCAAAGCUGCAAGGCGGAUGACGGCUAUCGAGCUCAUAGACAUCUGCUCUCCUUGAUCGGAUGAAUUCUUUACAGCUGGAUGCUUUUCCGAUUCUCGGGCUUUAGCUGUGCUCCCCUCUGCCAUCUGACUCUUCCUAGUUUACUAGCUGCAACGCCGCAAUGGGGGAUGACAUGCCCUUGCACGCUCACACCAUCAAACGGCACUGGAUCGUCGCUCCGGCUCGACGUACCCCUGGCCACGAUCCGGAAGCCCAUGUGUCCAGUCUGCAAGCACGGCUGGCCGCCUGACAGCAGACACCAAUUGGACAGAGCCAUCCCCGCAAGCGGUUCUCCGCACUGCAAGUUGGGCUUGCCAUCUAACCUUAUAGUACGACUGGGAAACCCGAGUAUUUCCCCAAUGAGCUAGCCGUGGCCCUAUUUUCCUCGAAGUCUGCUCCCCACC